AAUUUAAGAAAAAAAUUUAGAAGAAUUUUUUAAUAUGUAAACCUCUUGUACACACAUUAUUCAAAUUAUUUAUGCUGCUCAGCAUGAAAAAUUAAAUAUUACAUAAAUUACAUAACGAGUACAUCACUUUCAAAACGAAUAAGUGUGAUUUUAAAAUAACAUAUAACCUGUAUAUUUUUUAGUAAAUUUGAAAAAACAAGUAAAGACUUAGACGCAAAAGAAAUGGCGCAAGCAAAGCUACAUGACGACACACUAAAGGUCAAGAAAACUAAGACACCGAAGAAAAGAGAUCCAAAUGUCAAGCAUUGGAUAGAGGAAAUUGUGCAACUGCGGCUACAAAUGCAAAUCGAGGAGUUGCACAAAAAUAUUCAGUUUUUUAAACAAGAAAACGAAUAUAUUCGGCGCCUUGCAGAAAAGUGUCGCUGCUUGUCGGAAGACGUAAGGGGCAUGCAGCAAUUGUUAUCGAUCAAAGACAUGCACUCCGAACUCACGACGAUUCAACACUUACAAGCAAAAUAUCACAAUGAGCACGGAAUAAUAGCGACGUUAACCGGGAUGUUUCGAGGUUCGAUGAAUAUUCAGCAGAUCGCUGCGAAACUGUUAACACCGUUCUUAGAACGUUGGAAUCCGAGAGACAAGUAUUUCAGAUGCGACGACGCGUCAACAAAUAUAAUCGCGCUAUCAUUAAGUUUCUCAUUUAAAAUUAAAAUCAACGUCACACUUUACCUCUCUCUUUUUUAGCAUAGUAGCGGCCGAUGUAUCUUCCGCUCCUGGAGCUCCGCAAGUUCCUUCGAACCCACCGAGUUCCGUAGUGCUCGAUGUUUAUUAAGAUAUUUUCAGAUAAAUCAUAAAUAAUAUACACGAUAUGAAUA